AUGUUGCAACUAAUGCUAAUAUUGAAAGUGGUCCACUUAUCGAUGCAAAUCAGCUACGAAUUCGAGAUUGAAGACGAAUCCAUCUACUCCGAAUGCAGCGACGUUCCACCCGGAACUCUCGACAUAAGUGGGCUGUUCGACUUGACCAAUUAUACCACCACAGCGACACCGGAUGGAAUUGCCGUGUCGGGAAGCAUGACAUCCGUGUUUAAAGCCGAGCCAACGGAUCGCAUCGAGUUGACUGGAAACCUGCUCUAUUUCGACCGAGGUGCCUGGCAACCGACCACAUUGAAUAUGAUGGUGCGCGAUUUCUGCGCAGUUAUGUACGACAAAAAGCAGCUUUGGUACUCAGAUUGGUCCUCCCACGUUGCAAAUAGCGAUGAGAUCAAGGACAACUGCAUCAAGGUGCCCGGUACUCUAUUCCUUAUAGAAACCUAUAACCUGAAGCUAGUUUUUGGCAGUGGUAUACCAUUAGGUACUGGCCGUUACAGCAUUCGCGUGCAGGUAUUUGCAUAUGACCAGAAGGGCAAAAAGCGACCCAAUGAUGUCUGCUACGAAGUUAAAGGCAGUUUCUAUAAGAGAACCUAAAAACAUCGAUGUCCUGUGCAAAUCGUGUAAAUAUAUAUUUAAAAAAAAUAAAAUGUAAACUUGUUG